AUGGGUAAAAUCAGAACGAAUGCAGUACAAAAGACCGGAGACGAUACUACUCAGGUGCAGGUUACAGAUGAGAAGUCACAGGAACUUCAUUCAAAUAUUCCCAGUCCUGAAGAGCAAGUGCAACUAAUUGCAAAGGCAAAAAAGGGGGAUUUAGAAGCGAGAAACACUCUUCUAGAAGUUAACAUUCCUUUCAUUGCUAUGAUUGCAUGCCAAUAUAAAUAUAAGAAAUUAAAUAUAGAUCUUGAUGAACUCAUUUCUGAAGGAGCGUUUGGCUUACUAAAGGCAAUAGAGAAGUUUGAUGAAAAUAAGCAAAAUAACUUUAUUUCUUAUGCUGUAUGGUGGAUACGAUAUUUUAUCAAUAAAGCAAUACAAGAAAGUGCAUUUAUUCGUAAACCAGUCAAUAAAGCUCGCGAGCUCAAUUCUGUUUUUAAGUUAAAGAUGGAAAUGAAAAACAAUGAAAAGCACAGAGACUUAAGCGCGCAAGAACAUAACGCCUAUAUUGCAAAAGAAUUGAAUUUCAGCGAGGAUUAUUUAGAUUAUCUUAUGUCUAAGAAAAAAGAAAUUAUCUCUAUUGAGAGUCCAAGCAUCAACAACACUAACACUACGGCGUCCAAUACUGAGUUUUAUGGAGAUUUUAUAGCAGAUCAAAACAAUGUUUCUCCAGAAAAUCACUUUCUAGAAAGAGAGAUCGCAUUUGUUGUAAGAAGUUGCAUAGACCAACUACCUGAACGUGAAGCUACAAUAGUGAAAAUGCGCUUUGGCAUGAACGAUGGACACAAGAAAUCACUUGAUGAGGUAAGUAAGUUUUUUGGAAUCUCUAAAGAACGAGUAAGGCAGAUUGAAGCAAAAAGCAAGAAGUGGAUAAGAAAAACCUGUAUUAAAUUAGGUGUUACAGCUAAAGCGGCGUAA